ACCGCCAUCUCCUCCUGCGCUCGCCUUGCUGCCGCGGCCGCCCCCACCUCAAGGACCCAGAGGGGCUGCCCUCGAUCUGACUGACCCCACGGGACAGGAUGGACAAGGGGAAAUCGGUGGUAGCCGAGCUGUCGGCAUCGUCCAGCUCGCUCCCGUCGCCCUCCUCCUAUCCUUUCUCAAAGAAGGCUAAACCUCGGAAAUUGGUCAGCUUGUGCCUGGGCACCCUUGGUCAGCAUCUUGAAGAUAUCAUCACUGAUAUUUCAGAAUUUGCUGCCUUAUUUCCACCCCACAUAACGUUGGCAAUUAUGUCUAUUGCAAGGAGAAAAAGCCUCCUGAAUGAUAAAGUUUUGACUUCUCUUGCUGAAAGCUCCUGGCAAAUCCUAGAUAUAUCUGGAUCUGAUGUUACUGAUGCUGGUUUGGCUACUGUAGCAAAUGUUUGUAGUAAUUUACGGGCAGUUGAUAUUAGUCGCUGUGAAAAAAUUACUACUGCUGGUGUGUCUGAGAUUGUAUGCCACUGCCCAUCCUUGGAGAUAUUGAGAUGUGGAGGCUGUCCAAGAAGUGAAGUAACGGCACGGAGGUGCUUGAAUCUCUUGAAACCCAAAUUGAAUGCUCUUGAAGAGGACUCAUGGGAGGAACUUGAUACACUAGAUAUAGGAGGCGGUGCAGAGUCCUUAAGAUGGCUUGUUUGGCCAAUGAUAGAUGAUAAGUCAAAGGUGACUCUAGCUGUCGAAUGCCCUCGUGUUACUGUCAACCCACAGCCAUCGCUGUUCGACCUCUCCGGAUAUUCCAAAGUCCCAAUAGAAGCAUUGUCAAGCGUACCACUGGACCAUUCUGUGGUUGAGGACAUUGAUCCCAAAACAUGGGCUGUUUCUGCUGCUCCUCCAAGAGCUGUUGCUCCAGCGAAUCCAAAUGUUCCAAGUGCUCCGCCUGAAAUACCGAUGGCAGAAAGGUUCAGGCUGGCCUAUGUGGAGAGGGAAGCGAGGCUGGCACCCAAGAGGGCCAAGCGGGAAAGGCAGCGGCGUCGGCGCGCUGAGAGGGACUACAUGAUGGUUGACAUCGACGCAAGGUCGGUCGCACUUGCUGCUCAAGCAAGCAGGAACCUGCGGAAGAGCUGAUUGUUUCUUGUCUACGCUAUCUGUGGAGACUUGAGAGUAGAGAAUCAUGAGGCAAGAAAUGCUGUUCAAUCCUUCUACUUUCAAGGCAAAGAUAGCAUACAUAUAUGGACACAGUAUUGUAUAGUUGUAUUGGCAGUAGCGGUAGCGUUUACACUGCCAUGUACUAGUAAUAGAAAAAAAUCUGAGUGGGAAUAAC